AUGCACUUUACAAACGUACACAGACAAAGCGAAGCUGCCUUCUUCCCCCAGUUCAGCUUCAGAGACAUCUCGGCAGCCAUCAGAAACGCACGUUCCAAACUUGCAAAGGCUGCCCAUCUCAGAAACCACUCUAAAAUCGAAAAAUCGUCCGUCAAGCACGGCCUCAAGUACCACCUCAAGCGGGUAUUCACCCACCCCAAGAAGGAAACCCGGAUUCUCAAGGAAAAGCUCAAGGCCAGGGCUUUUGGGUAUUCUGGACAAACCACCAAAGCCUGUUUUUCCCCAGCAGGCAAUAAUCACGUUUCAGAGCGCAAAUCAAAGCAUAAAGGCCACCCGGAAUUGGAAAACGUAUCUCCAGAACAGGUUUUGGAUGUCCACGCCGAAAAGGUCGAAACCAUCGGCUCCAACUUCGAAGGAUGCUGGAAGGAAAUCAAGGCUCUAGCAGCCCAGGGCCCUGAAAAGCCCCCAUAUUUCGAAAUUCUCGACGCUUUUCUCGAAUCCGAACUCACCUCGUCCUCUUCAAAAUGGGACUCUGUUCGUCUGACUGUGGGCUCGUUUGCCGAAACCUUCGGCCAGUCCGAUGACGAUCUUUGUGCCAAUUUCCACAGAAUGCUGAAGUUCUUGAAUCGCCGGAAACAGCUGAUCGAAAUGGGCGGUCUGGUGGCCUCCCUGGCCGGAUCCUUGUUGAAGGAUACGUUGAAGUAUCUUGACGAAUGCCAGAAAACCCACAAGGAAAAGCUUGUCGUUGUGGGUGGAAAGCACAUGUUUUUGAGGAAUCAGAUUACUCAGAUUCAUGCGGAGCUUCUGGCACUAGCGCAUCGACAUGCUGCUUUUCGGAAGAAGGUGAUUCUGAGAAUCAGCGUCGGUCACUCCUUGGAUGACAAUUCCACAAGGAAGCUAGAGAAGCAGUUGAAGCAGCUUCACCACAUGGGCAGUCUUCUCCUGUCGUUAGACCUGGAUGUGACCACCCUAUACAACCAGACAUGUCGGAGGCUUCUGCUUCUUCGGGACGUCCACACCCAGAUGGAGGCCUUCUACCAUUGCUUCAACGAGCACCAGAGGUAUUUUUCCAAGAAGCUCAAUUACGAGUGUCCUGAGCCCAAGGGCACUUACGACUUUGCAUUCUACAGUGCUGCUGUCGAGAGCCACUACGAGCACUAUGCGAUCAAUCUCGAGGCGACGCAGCGGCUCCACAGUUUGCUUGUGCUGGAGGUGCGGGAUCUUUACUCGAUUCUUGCCGCCCUGGCGUAG